AUGAAUGAAUUAAUAGAAUGCACGUACGUCCAAGGGGGCAUUAGCAGGGAGGGCUUUGUUGAUCCAAACGUCUUUAGUCCAAUCGAGGAGGACAAAGAUCCUGCGAACCGUCGGAGGCGAGAAGAGGGAGAGAGCCGUGACGAGAUUCUCGGUGAGUAUUUGGAAGGAGAGCAAAAAGAGGUGCGGGGCGGCCGAUCUGACCGCGUGCUCGUCCCCUCUUGCAAAACCGCCCAGGACCCCGGGAAAGGCGAAUCUGGACAGGGCCAGGAAAUAGAGGGAGGCGGCUGCGGGGAAAACCAUGUCGAGGAGGGGGAUAAGUCCGCUAAUACACAGAACCAUGAUGAAAGCCACCAGCUGGAGCUCGAUUACGCGGAGGGAUCCCAUAACGCCCGCGCCGCCGCCCGCCGAACUCGACGGAGGAGGAACAGCCACGCCUACUGA